AUGUUGAGGUCACCAAGCAAGCAGUAUCAUUCAAAUCCCGACCUUGUCGCUGCUAAAAUCACCGAGACGCCGUUUAGAAAAAGGAAAAGACCAGAAAAUGACUUAUCUUUUACUUUGGAAAAAUUGGGAAACACACUUUCCAACAAGAUGGAUAGUAUGAUUGCCGAGUUACGAACAGAGUUUGUAAAUAACAUUACUUUAUUAAAUGAGAACAUUAACACAAACAUAAAAAAUGAAUUAAUUAAUCUUAGUACCGCAGUGUUACAGAUAAAGAGUGAAGUUAAUGAGUUGCGUACUGAAUACACCAGUAUGCAAACAAAUAUUUCGAAUUUGAACAGCAAAUAUAAUGUUCUUAGUGACGAAUUAUCUGCAUUGAAGGAUUCGCUUGAGUUUCAAUACAAGGAGUACUCUGAUAUGAAGGUAUGCAUUGAAAACUCGAAACUAUCGUCUAUGGCUGAUUAUGCAGAUAAAUUAUGUAACCUGCAAAAUAAAAUCGACAUCAUGGAACAACAAUCACGUCAAAAUAACUUAGAAAUAUGUUUUGUACCCGAAAAACGCGGUGAGAAUCUAAUUAUCUUAUUUGAAUCAAUUACGACAGUGAUUAAAUACCCAAUAGAACGCAAGGACAUACUAGCUAUUCAUCGGGUACCACAUGCCCGUUCUGAUGAAAAUAAUCGCCCAAAAAAUAUUAUAGUGAAAGUGUCAUCGCGUUACCUUCGGGAUAAUAUACUGAGUGCGUUCCGCUUAUCCAAGGGACUUAAGACUGACGAUCUGAAUAUUGUGGGUAACUCACGGAAAAUAUACAUAAACGAACAUCUUACAUUACAAAACAAAAAGUUGUUUCGAGAUUGUCGUGAAGCUGCUAAGUUGCAUGGAUAUAAGUUUGUGUGGAUCAAAAAUGCCACUAUACUGGUUCGUAAAUCGGAGACGUCGCCAAUAUUCGCGAUCAGGUCUCAGAGUGAAAUUGGAAAAUUUAAUAAACUUAAAGGACAAACAACUAGUUCUAAUUAA